AAUCGCAUCUUGUGAUUUAUCACCUUCUAAUCAAGAUAAGGAAAGAUUGAAAUUCAAACCGUUUGUAUUGGCAUCAGGACAUUUGAUAUUAGCUCCAAAUGUACCGUACUAGUAGCGAUUCUUUGUUCUCCAUCUUCAUCCACAGAGGGAACCCAAAUUAGGCUAAAACCACCAUGUUUCUGUUUUUCAGAGAAAAUCCUUAAAUGGGUUUGUAAAACAAGGUUUGAUAAUCAUAGAUCUACAGCUAAAACUUGUUUUCAUUGAAGAAAUUCCGGAUUUUUAUGAAAUCAGAUCGGAUUUGGAGAUGGAGGAGAAAAAGAGAAGAAAAAGAAAGAAUAAGAGUACAAUUUCAAUUAUUUUGGGCCGAGGAAUAAUUUUUUCCUAAAAACCGGGUGCGCGCCUUUAGAUUUCUGGGCAUGGGUUUUACAGUGGAAGAAAUUGGAGAAAUGGGUCUCCUUGAAAUUUUCACGUGGCUCAACAAAUGUUUGAGUUUGGCCAUUGCCAUGGGAAUUGCUGUUAGUGUUUACAUUAUCGAAGGACAGUUUUUCUUUGAAAUUGCGGGACUUUUGUUUAAUGAGCCCAUAAAAGUGAAUAUACCCAUAGAAAUUGGCCGAACUAAAUUAAAAGCCCGACAUUUUUCCUGCAAAAGGCAGUUAGGGUUUUGGUUCUUUUAAGGUUAAUACAUAUUUACACCGGAGUAUUAAACAAGACAAACAGAGCACGGCGACAGAGACCGAAAUAAAUAAAUAAAGAAACUAGAAGGAAGAGUUCAUCAUCUCCUUUGCAUUAUUUCCAACAAUCAUGAUCAUAUCCGAGAAGAAUCGCAGAGAUAUAUUCAAGUACCUGUUUCAAGAGGGAGUUUUAUAUGCAAAAAAGGAUUUCAAUCUUGCAAAACAUCCAGCUGUUGAUGUACCUAACCUACAGGUGAUCAAGCUCAUGCAGAGCUUCAAAUCCAAGGAAUAUGUCAGAGAAACAUUUGCUUGGAUGCAUUACUACUGGUUUCUCACCAAUGAGGGAAUUGAAUUAUUGAGAAAUUAUCUUAACCUACCACCUGAGGUUCUUCCUUCAACCUUGAAGAAGUCCACAGUAGCCAAAUUCGCUCCACAAGGAGAUCGUCGUGGUCCUCGUGGUGACGGAGAGAGACCACGGUUUGGUGGUGAUCGCGAUGGAUACCGUGGAGGACCCAGAGGGCCAGCUGGUGAGGGAGGAGAAAAGGGUGGAGCACCUGAGGGAUUCCAGCCUUCGUUCAGGAAUCCACGCGGAGGAGGUGGUUUUGGUCGAUGUCGUGGUCAUGCUGGACCUGCAAGCUCUGACCUUGCUUGAGUGAUGCAUGCUCUUCCAUUCAAUUUUGAAGCUUGAAGUUUAUCCAUCUAGGAAAACUGUGACUUUUUUUAAGAGUUUAUCAAGUAGUGAUUCUCUUAGAAACUAUAGGGUUAUUUAUUGAGUAUUCUGUUUUUAAUGAGUAGUUAGUUAAGAAUGAACAUGAAUUUUCCAUUUAAUCUGCUGUCCUGUAUUUCUUUUUUGUUAAGACUGGAUUGAGCCCAAGUCCAUCAGCUUCUUCAUGGAUUUCACAGGGUUAUGUUCAUUAAGCAGUUGUCUUCCAACAUUCUUUUAGAAAGAACGAUUACCACCACCACCAACCAUUAUGGACAACAACAACACCAAUACAUUUGUAGCUUUCCAACCAACAACACCUAUCCCUUUAUUUCAACAACUCAGCACCACAGAAGCAACCCAAAUCUUCACAGACCAGAAUAACCAACAGCUGCAAGCCAUAACACUAAUCACAGUUACCACUCCAACAAUCCAUGUACCAGAGUAUACCAGCAGGUCUAUCUCAUGACUCAACAUCCUUAGCUUGCAUCUCAGAUCAUUUACAACUCAUUUAACCACCUCUUCACUUCUCAUUGUCAGUCACUUCCAUUUGCAGCAACAUUCCAUUCCAGUAACCAAGUCAUUCCAGCUAUCUUGGCAGCAUCACAAUAACAAACAACACCAGUUCAGACUGACAUAUCUCAAGCACCUGCAUUUGACACAACAACACCUCCAUCUGAGCUCCAACAACAUCACCAGCAUGACCAAUUGCAGAACAUCACCACCAGUACAACAACUUCUUCCUGCUGCAACACAGCAACACCUCCAUCUGUUCAGGUCACCUGCAUUUCAUUCACACACAACACCGUCUUAACUGUUUUCUUAGCCCAUAAUCCUGACUCAACAAGAAUAGAAUCAACAAAAUCUUCUUAUUUUGUAACUUGAAUUCUGUCAUUUCAGCUCUAUCACCUGCAACACAAUUACCCAGCACCAACAUUGAUAACUGCAGCCAUUAACCAUAAAAGUUAUCCCCCUCUCUUCCUUGUAAGCCCAACAAUAGCAGUAACUCCAUUCCAGGUUCAAUUAAGCUCCCCCAACUGCAAACAAUACAAGCUGCAUCACCGAGUUCAAACCCCAUCAUUUAUUAAACCUCAACCCAUUUCAACCUUGUGUCACUCUCUUCGCUUCCAAACCAACACAUCAAUAACUUGAAUUUAGCAAAACCCCCUUCUCAUGAGUACUUCGAAACCCUAUUUCUCCUCAGAUUCAAUUUGCAACAUCAAUUAUCUUUGAUCUCUGUUCAAAAUCAAAUCCAAACAAGACCAGUCCUGCUGAUGCUUAAUCCAAACAUAACACAUCUCUCUAAACCCAUGAAAGUCAUCAUAUCACCUUGAAUCAGCUCUGAAUUCCUUCACCUACACCACAAACCCAUUCUCUCCAUCAGUAGUAUCAUCUUCUCAAUUGGUUGUCACCAUCCAACAACAGCAGCAACUUCAAAUUCUACCAUGAUUCUUCGCCUGAGAUCUCCGAAUCAUCAUCUCCUUGAAUUCCUCUCUCAAUUUCACAGUAGCGGCGCUUCAACUCAGGUGUUGAUGAAG